AUGCUCGACUUGCAAAAAUUUAAGAGAACCCCGAGGAGCAAGCGGCGCCCGUGGCUGUUGAAGCUACGUUCCUCAACGACCUUCAUCGUUGGAGCAGUGUGGAUGUCAACCUUCACAAUAGUUCCCGUCAUGCCGACAGCGCUCGUCACGCGAGCCGGAAUCGACUACAGUCACCGUGAAUAUUGGGUCAGUGUACUACUCAUGUGUGAGGCCGGCACGUCUUUGUUGCUAUGCUCCUUUUUCGGCUACCUGGUGGACCGCGGCCGCACGCGCCGACUCCCUUUCAUCGGAGCACUGAUCAUGCUAGCUGGCUGCAUGGUGAUCCUGCAAUUAUCGCAUUCAAUAGCCGGGUUCGUUACAGCCCGUCUGCUUCAAGGCAUUGCGGGCGCUUUGGUAGUGGUUGCAGCCUUUGCUCUCAUCGGUGAUGCCGUACCGCAAGAACGCCUUGGUCAAACGAUAGGAUACUUGGGAUCGGCAAUUGCGUCGGGGUUCCUGCUAGGCCCGUUCCUAGGAGGCAUUGUGUACAACGCUGGUGGGUAUGAUGCCGUAUUCUGGUUUGCGUAUCCCAUUCUUGUACUCGACUUAGUGAUGCGGCUGGUGUUGAUCGAGAAGAAGGUUGCUGCUCAGUGGAUCGAGACGAAUGGGGACCUGGAGUCGGACGUGGAAACAGAGCCGCGCAUUCCACAUGUUGAGCCGUGUGAGCCACAGGUCCGAAGGAAAGGCUUUGUUAUCUUCCGAAUGCUCAAGCAGCGCCGAGUCCUGAUCUCAUCAUGGGCACUUCUAGUCCAAGGCCUUUUGCUCUCUGCAUUUGAUGCGACACUCCCUAUCUUUGUCGAGACGACAUUUGGCUGGAAUGCUCUGGGCAUGGGAUUGAUUUUCCUGCCGAUGGCAGUCCCAGCCUUCUUCGAGCCCUUGUUCGGCUUUAUCACGGACCGAUUCGGUGCUCGGUACGCAUCAUUCGGUUGCUUUGUUCUUCUCUCGCCGACACUCAUCUGCCUGCGGUUUGUCGGACAUAAUUCCAAUCAGCAGAUUGCUCUGUUGGUCGCACUGCUUUUCCUCACUGGCAUUUUCAUCCAUGCCUGCGCACCGGCAAUGUAUGUAGAGACACAAAUGGCACUCACGGCAAUGGAGCUCAAGAAUCCUGGAGUACUGGGCCCUAAAGGUGCAAUAGCUCAGGGAUUUGGAUUGCAAAGCAUGUGCCAGUUCGCAGGAGUUUUCUUCGGACCACUUUGGGGUGGAUUCGUAGAAUAUCGAUUUGGAUGGGGGGCGAUGACAGGCACUUUGGGAGUUUUGGUAGCCAUCACUGCGAUACCGAUGUUGUGGUUAGGUGAAAUUGAGGAAGAUAGAAGACUUUAA